GCGCGGCCUCCGCCUUCCUGCCACCCGCGCGGGGACAGCGCCGGGACCCCCCCGCCGUGUCCCCGUGUCCCCGGCCGUGUCCCCAUCCCUGUCCCCAUCCCUGUCCCCAUCCCUGUCCCCAUGUCCCGGGCGCUCAAGGCCCGGCACCGGGCGAGGCGCAAGGGCGGCUCCCGGGAGCGGCUCUUCGGCUGCGACCUCCGCGAGCAUCUCCAGAGCUCGGGGCAGGACGUGCCGCAGGUGCUCCGCAGCUGCACCGAGUUCGUGGAGCAGCACGGGGUGGUCGAUGGCAUCUACCGCCUGUCCGGGGUGUCCUCCAACAUCCAGCGGCUGCGGCAGGAGUUCGAGGCGCAGCGCAGCCCGGACCUGUCGCGGGACGUUUACCUGCAGGACGUUCACUGUGUCAGCUCUCUGUGCAAGGCUUACUGCCGCGAGCUGCCCAACCCCCUGCUCACCUACCAGCUCUACGACAAGUUCGCCGACGCCGUGGCCACCCAGAUGGAGGAGGCGCGGCUGGUGAAGAUCAAGGAGGUGCUCAAGGAGCUGCCGGAGCCUCACUACAGGACCCUGGAGUUCCUGAUGCGGCACCUGCUGCGCAUGGCGGCGCACAGCGGCCGCACCAACAUGCACGCGCGGAACCUGGCCAUCGUCUGGGCGCCCAACCUGCUGCGCUCCCGGGACAUCGAGGCGGCGGGGUUCAAUGGCACGGCGGCGUUCAUGGAGGUGCGGGUGCAGUCCAUCGUGGUGGAGUUCAUCCUCACGCACGUCGAGCAGCUCUUCGGGGACGCGCCGCUCCCGGGUGCCGCCGCCCCCCGCCGCUCCCCGCCGCUGCCCGGGGCUGCCCCGCCCCUGCACGUGCCGGCGGCGCUCAGCCAGGGGGACGGGCCCCCCCAGAUCCGGCCCUACCACACCAUCAUCGAGCUGGGCGAGCACAGGAGCAAGGGCUCCCUCAAGGCCAAGAAGUGGAGAUCCAUCUUCAACCUGGGCCGCUCCGGGCACGAGGCCAAGCGGAAGUCGGGGAAGGUGGAGGAGAAAGACAAGUGCGGGAAGGUCACUCUGCGUCCGGCCAAGAGCAUGGACUCGCUGAGCUCCGGCCCCUCCGGUCCGGACCCCGCCCGGCUGCUGCCCAAGCUGUCGGUGAAGCUGCGGCCGCAGCGCCAGCACAGCUCGGACGCCGCCCCCGCGCCCCCCGAAUCGCCCCCGGAGCUGGACGAGAGCCUGGAGGAGGCUCUGGAAGCGGCCGAGAGCAGCACGCACUCGGAGCCCACCAGCCCCAAAGCCCCCCGGGAGGGGCCGGGGGGCUGCGGCCGCUCUCGUGCCGAGAAGUGCGCGGGGCUGCACAUCUCGGGCCCCUUCUCGGUCACCGUCCCGUUCCACAUCACCUCCAACCUGUCCCGCCUCACCCGCGGGCUGCCCUGCCCCGCGCUCCAGCGGGACGCGACCCCCGGCAGCGCCCCCGAUCCCGCCCGGGACCCCCGGCCCCGCUCCGGGGAUGCGGAGCAGACCCGGCUCUCCCUGGAGCUCCGCGACUCCUUCGCCUUCCUGGACUGCCAUGAGACGUGGCUGGAGGGCGGCGGCGACACGGACGGGGCGGCGCGGAGCCCCGGGAUCGGGAACGGGACCCCCGGGAUCGGGGAUGGGAUCCCCGGGAUCGGGGAUGGGAUCCCCGGGAUCACGGAUGAGACCCCCGGAAUGGAAGAUGGGACCCCCGGGAUCGAGGAUGGGACCCCCGGGAUCGAGGAUGGGACCCCCGCGAUCGAGGAAGGGACCCCCGGGAUCGAGGAUGGGACCCCCGCGAUCGAGGAAGGGACCCCCGCGAUCGAGGAAGGGCUCCCGGCCAUGGAGGAGGGGCUGGAGAGCGGGUUCAUGAACCCCGCCGAGCGCUGGCCGGAGCAGCCGGACAGUUACCUGUCCAUCGAGGAGUGCACGGAGCGCGACAUGUUCUUCCUGGCCCCCGGCGCCUCCGAGCCCGACUCCGACCCCGACGAAAUCUUCCUGAGCGCCCACGACGAGCUCAGCCCGCUGGGGGCUGGGCCAGAGACCCCCGAGGGACCCCUGGGCGAGGGGACAGCCCUGGAGAGACAGGAGAUCCCAGAGAUCCCGGACACAACAGGGAUCCCCGAGACCCCAAAGAUCCCCAAAGCCCUGGAGAUCCCAGAGAUUCCAGGGAUCCCCGAGACCCCAAAGAUCCCCAAAGCCCUGGAGGUCCCAGAGAUUACAGGGAUCCCCGAGACCCCAAAGAUCCCCAAAGCCCUGGAGGUCCCAGAGAUUCCAGGGAUCCCCGAGACCCCAAAGAUUCCCAAAGCCCUGGAGAUUCCAGAGAUUCCAGGGAUCCCCGAGACCCCAAAGAUUCCCAAAGCCCUGGAGAUUCCAGAGAUUCCAGGGAUCCCCGAGACCCCAGAGAUCCCCAAAGCCCUGGAGAUUCCAGAGGUCUCAGAGACCCCAAAGACGCCAAAAGUCCCGGAAAUCCCAGAGAUUCCAGAGACCCCCGAAAUCCCAGAGAUCCCAGAGGUUCUGGCCCAAACACCCCUGGAAAAGGACGGUCCGGGAGUGGGGGACCCCCCCCGGGCCCCCCCUGGGGAAGGGGGAGGAGGGGAGGGGGCUGCGGAGGGAGAUCCCAGCCCCAGGACUGGGGUGGGGGGUCCCGCUGGCAAUGGGGGAGCGGGCGGAGCCGCAUCCCGGCCCCUCAUCCCGGGGGAGGGGGAUCCCCGGGAUUUAGGGGGGGCUCCUCCAGCCGCGCCCCCGGCAGAGCCCCCCCGGGAGCCCCCCCAGCCCCCCGUCCCUGGGUCUGUUCCUGGGGGGCUCCCAGAGGGAACCCCCGGGAUCACCCCGAGCCCUCCCCCCAAAAUCCCGGAGCUGACCCAGGACGAGCCUCCCCAAAACCUGGAGACCCCCAGAUCGCUGGAGCUGAUCCAAGAUGAGUCCCCGAGACCCCCAAAGCUGAUCCAGGAUGAGCCCCCCAAAAACCUGGAGCCGAUCCGGGAUGAGCCCCCCAAAAUCCCGGAGCUCUUCCACGCUGAGCCCCCCAAAUCCCUGCAGCUCCCUGGACCCCUGGAGCUGAUCCAGGAUGAGACCCCAAAAUCCCUGGAGCCCCCCAAACUUCUGGGGCUGAUCCAGGAUGACGCCCCCCAAUCCCGGGACCCCCCUGGAUCCUCAAAGCCGAUUUGGGAUGGGCGCCCCAAAUCCCUGGGGCUGAUCCUGACUGAGCCCCCCAAAUCCUGGGACCCCCCCAGACCCCUGGAGCUGACCCAGGACGAACCCCCCAAAUCCCAGGACCUCCCGGGACCCCCAAAUCUGACCCGGGACGGGCGCCCCAAAUCCCUGGGGCUGGUCCUGACUGAGCCCCCCAAAACCUGGGACAACGCUGGAACCCCAAAAUUAAUCUGGGAUGGGCGCCCCAAAUCCCUGGAGCUGAUCCAGGCCGAGCCCCCCAAAUCCUGGGACCCCCCCAGACCCCUGGAGCUGUUCCAGGCCGAGCCCCCCAAAUCCUGGGACCCCCCCAGAUCUCUGGGGCCGCUCCUGGACGAGCCCCCCAAAUCCUGGGACCCCCCCAGAUCUUUGGGGUCGCUCCUGGCCGAGCCCCCCCGCAGCUGGCGCCGCCCCCUCCCCAUUUCGGGGGCGCGGGUGCUGCUGGCCCGGGCCGUGCCCGUGGUGCCCCCCAAACCCCACUUUGCCCGUGCCCUGCAGGGACCCCCCGGGACCCCCCAAAUCCCGCUGGGACCCCCCCAAAUCUCACUAGGACACCCCCAAAUCCCACUGGGACACCCCCAAAUCCCACCGGGACCCCCCCAAAUCUCACUAGGAUCCCCCCAAGUCUCACUAGGAUCCCCCCAAAUCCCGCUGGGACCCCCCCAAAUCCCACCAGGACCACCCCAAAUCCCACCGGGAUCCCCCCAAAUCUCACCGGGGACACCCCAAAUCUCACUGGGAUCCCCCCCAAAUCCCACCGGGACCCCCCCAAAUCCCACCGGGACCCCCCCAAAUCUCACUGGGACCCCCCCAAAUCCCACCGGGACCCCCCCAAAUCUCACUGGGAUCCCCCCAAAUCUCACUGGGACCCCCCCAAAUCCCACCGGGACCCCCCCAAAUCUCACUGGGAUCCCCCCAAAUCCCACUGGGACACCCCCAAAUCUCACUGGGACCCCCCUAAAUCCCACCGGGACCCCCCCAAAUCUCACCGGGACCCCCCAAAUCCCACCGGGACCCCCCAAAUCCCACUGGGAUCCCCCCAAAUCUCACUGGGACCCCCCCAAAUCUCACCGGGACCCCCCCAAA